UCCCACCCGUCAAUUACAUGAUCAACGACCCACGUCCAUCCUUCCAAUAAUAAUCGAAAAAUUGAGAGCACUAGAAACCAGGAGAGAAUUCUAGACCCCGGAAAUCCAAAAGCAAGAUCCUUUUAAGCCUUCCAUUAGACUCAAUCUGCACCAUACAACGAUUCCUAUAUAUACAUCUCUUACACCUUUGCUGCACGAGAGUUCUCUCUGUCAAAUUCAUAGCUGUAAUUUUAGAUCUGUAUUGUAAUUUGGUAAUUGACCGGUUAAUUUGUUGAUUUUGUUAGUAAUUCAAGAUGUUUGGAAGGGCACCGAAGAAGAGUGAUAAUACUAAGUAUUAUGAGAUUCUUGGCGUGUCUAAAACGGCGUCGCCGGAUGAUUUGAAGAAGGCGUACAAGAAGGCUGCCAUCAAGAAUCAUCCAGAUAAGGGUGGAGAUCCCGAGAAGUUUAAGGAGCUUGCUCAUGCUUACGAGGUUCUUAGUGAUCCUGAAAAACGUGAGAUAUAUGAUCAGUAUGGUGAAGAUGCACUCAAGGAAGGAAUGGGUGGAGGUGGUGGCAUGCACGAUCCAUUCGACAUUUUCUCAUCCUUCUUUGGCGGAAGUCCAUUUGGAGGUUUUUGACUGAAUCUCACUCUCUGCUUUGUUUAGGUAAC